AUGUCUCGGAGAGACCGUCUUCAUACAACCCGCAGUUCGCCUUUCUGCUCGGAAGAUCCAGAGGGCAUCCCUGCCAACGUCCACAUCACGACCUAUGUUGAUGAAGACGAUGGUUACAACAAUGGCAGCAGUGAUGACUCUCGGCACAGUUUCGACGAAGAAAGAGCGGCACCGACGCUGGAAGCAAAAUCCAAGAACGAAUACUCUUCUUCUCAAAACCACAAAUAUGUUCAAAAUAACAAGCCAUACAUCGUUUUGUAUCAUGUUUCAUGUUCACGAGCGGAGAGCCAUAGCAAUCAUGCAAAGUCGGUCGUGUAUCUCGACCAUCCGAGACUAUUCAAAGGAGACAGCAAAAUGAGUGCCCUUAGAGGCCGAGAAAAGGUUGCAGACGUCUCAAAGUACCUUGAGCGGCAUAAAAAAAACAUCAACUUCAUCGUGACCAAAACUUUCCAUUGCUUUCAAUAUGCCAAUCUUGAGUUCGUUGAAAGGCUGUUCCAUCAUCUAUCAUUACCGGAUGACCCCAAAGUUCCCGAGUCGAUUCGACCGUAUUUUUUCAGUUUGCGAACCAACAGCCCCCCGGCCAGACCAGCGGCUGAGACUAUGCGGAUACUUUCAGAGGCACUGAAGGAUGCUCUGGUAGCAGUGACGGGGAUGAGUCACAAAGAAAUUUCGCAUCUUGAAGAUGCCACAAACAUGAUCAUGCUGCAUAACUCGAUCUACUACUACAGUCAUAUCAAGGAACGUACUUUUGGUACUCUUAAUUCCAAAGAGAUCCUUCAUUUGAGUGACUUACUGGAGUAUAUGCAACUUACAAAUAGGCUUGAGUGGGAAGAAGCCGAUGCGCAAAUUACGCAGGGACUUAUUACUCAAGAGCACAUGGCAAAACUAUACGGUCCUAAUCAAGUCCUGGUAACCACUGAAAACGGUUAUAACCAGGCAUAUAUGCUUACAAAACCACCCUACUCCGAAGAAGUUGGUGGUGAUAGCCGAUAUAAAAUGCCGAUUACCCUUGACCUCUGGUCAUGGCAGUUCAAUGGAUCGUUUUACAAGAAGGACAUAAAGUGGUCACUUUCCUGGCCAUCUUCUGCUCCUCCAGAUGAGGCAAUACCGAUUUAUCAACUGGAAAUAUAUCCAUUACGGUUUGCAUCAUCUGAGGUAGUGGAUAGACUAAAAGCCAGGGGACGGAUAUUUUGGAAGUGCCGUCACGCGAGGUUUGUGGCAUAUGAUCCUCCAAACGCGAUUCUUGAGUUUCAUACGUCAAACCCUCGGUAUAUGGUUGAUGGCACCACCUAUCAACAAAUGCACGGAACCUCUUCCUCGCCGCAAGAUGACCUAGGUCCGGAAGCAAUGAAGAAAGAGGAGCCCCCCGAUUCUUCAUUUGUUCUUCUCCUCCCUCAUGAGAUAUAUGGGUUUGGAAUGCAUGAUAAAAAGUGGCGAACCCUGCUCGUGGAACAUAUCAAAGACAUCGACUGGAAUGAAGGCGCAUUUGAUCGACUGGUUUUGCAACAUAGCAAAAAGGAGCUCAUUAAAGCCCUUGUCACUGUGCAUACUAUAUCCGCCAAAUCAACCGACAUUAUUGAAGGAAAAGGAAACGCUCUGAUCAUGCUACUCCACGGAGGUCCUGGAACAGGCAAGACGUUGACUGCAGAAUCCGUGGCUGAGUUGACCAGAAAGCCUUUAUAUCGAGUGACAUGCGGAGACAUCGGGACAAACGCAGAGGAGGUCGAGAAGUAUCUUGAAUCAGUCCUUCUGAUCGGCACAAUCUGGGGUUGCGUUGUAUUGCUAGACGAGGCAGAUGUCUUCCUUGAAGAACGUCGAGAGACCGACCUACAACGGAAUGCGCUGGUAUCCGUAUUUUUGCGCGUGCUCGAAUACUAUGACGGAAUCCUUAUCCUUACAUCAAACCGCAUCGGAACCUUUGACAGUGCGUUCAAGUCUCGCUUUCAGCUCGCGAUUCAUUACCCAGCUCUAAACGUCGAAGGUCGCUACGAGAUAUGGCUCAAUUUUAUCAAUGGACUGAGCAAGACGAAUCCUGACGUCAAGAUCGAUGAUCUCAAAAGCCACAUACAGGAACUUGCCGCUGACAAGUUGAAUGGACGAGAAAUCCGGAAUAUAGUACGCACAUCUUUACAGUUAGCUCAUUUCCGGAAGACGACGCUUGAUUAUCAACAUUUUCAGCAGGUUAUUGGCGUGGCGAAGGAGUUUGAGAGGCAUAUUGACGAAACUCGUGGAUACUCGGAUUCGGAUUGGAAUCGUAGUCGCGGUAUCCGCCCUGACUAG